AUGCGAGCAUUGUCACUGAAAGAUCGUUCUGCAUCUUGGGGGAAUGACGGUCAAACUUAUAAUUUAGCCAGGGGAUUACGUGCCGUUUAUUGUGGCAGUGCUUUUUUACCUGCAUUUGUUAUCGACGGAUUUCACGCUGUGCUCGAUGAGGCUGGUUUCGACUUCGUAAGCAAAUGCUUAUCCGCUCUCGAAGAGCGAGGCAUACGAGAACAAGGCUUGUACAGGAACUGUGGAGUUACAUCAAAGGUUCAGAAGCUUAUGCAGAUUGGCUUGGACAAGCGACGGCCAGCGGAUAAGCCGUUGUUUACAGAUGAUGGAGAGUGGGAAAUUAAGACUAUAUCUAGUGCUGUAAAAACAUUUCUAAGGCUA